GCGUGGCGCUUCCCUGCCUAUAUAGCCGAGGAGGGGCACUGUCUUCUAUCCGCUGACGAGGUCUGCUCUUUUAGUAAGAUGUCGCCGUUUCGUCGUUGACCGGUAACAACAGAAGGCUACAAGAGACGACGGUCGGAGCAGCAAUGAAGUUCCACCGAAGGGACACCAAGGCAAUUCCAGGUCUACUUGCGGGAACAUCUCACCAGAGAGUCAUCCAGGAAGCAUGUGCCCGAGCCUCCUCAAAUGACCCCUUUCGAUGUGAAGGAGCUGCGGCUCUUCUCUGAGCUCCUCUCUCGUAUGACCAAGCUCUUCAGCAUAUCUCUUCUUCGGACAUGAUCAGGACGCUGAGCAGAAGUGUGCAAGCUGUUGUCAGACACACCCCGUGGGCUCCAUGGACACGCAGGACACCGGUUCGGCGCUUCACUUGUCCCCCAGCUGCUCUCCACUUCCACCAAGACUUUCUAGAGGUCCACUACAGAGGCAACCGACUGCACUUGGACUACUUGUGGCUGAGGGAUAACUGCCACUUAACCUCUUCCAACAACUUUACAACCAACCAGAGGAAAGUUGACACCGCGAGCAUUGACCUCAACAUUCGUCCCGAGGACACAAAAGUGGAAGAUAACCAUCUCAUCCUCACUUGGCCUGGUGGUCACAUCUCCAAAUACAGCCUCAGCUGGCUCGCUGAAAAUAGCUACGAAGGAAGAAAACAGCGCACCACCCAGCCACGUAUUCCCUGGAAUGCUGACAUCUAUAACAAUGCAAAUGUGCCCUCUUUGAAAUGGGACGCGUUUAUGAGCAGUGAUGAUGCUCUGAAGACGUUUUUGCAGACCUAUCUUCUCUAUGGGAUUGCGUUCGUGGAAGAUGUCCCUGCUACAGUUGAAGCCACAGAGGCCGUUUCUCUGAGGGUCAGUCUUAUAAGGGAGACGACAUAUGGGGGAAUGUGGUGCCUCACUUCAGAUAAUUCAAGAGGAGACAGCGCUUACACCACCGUGGCUCUGGACCGCCACAUUGACACAUGUUAUUUACAUGAACCGUGUGGAAUUCAAGUUUUUCACUGCCUCAAACAUGAGGGAACGGGAGGAAAGACACUCCUUGUGGAUGGAUUCUAUGCAGCAGAAAAUAUUCGCAAGAACUCCCCAGACCAUUUUGAGCUGCUUUCCAGUGUUUCUAUCAGACAUGAACAUCGUGAAAACACUCCUGGCCAUCUAUACUGCAUGCAAGGCAUCGGACCCAUCCUGAAUGUCUAUCCUUGGAACAAUGAACUUUACAUGAUACGGUACAACAACUAUGACCGAUCAGCGACUGACACCAUCCCUCAUGAUGUUAUUCGACGCUGGUAUGUGGCUCAUCGAGAAUUGACUACGCAACUCAGGCGACCAGAGAAUGAGCUGUGGGUGAAACUGACUCCUGGAAAUGUGAUUUUCAUCGACAACUGGAGGGUUCUUCAUGGAAGGGAAGCUUUCACCGGCAUACGGCAACUCUGUGGAUGCUACCUGACCAGAGAUGAUGUUCUCAGCAAAGCACGCACCUUGGGGCUGCAGGCCUAACUCCAGACGAAGACAGCCCUUUAACUGUGAUACUUUUAACCAUUUGCAAAAUAAUGCUGCAUGGAAUAGGUUGAUUGGCGACACUAAAUUGGCCCUAGUGUGUGAAUGUGAGUGUGAAUGUUGUCUGUCUAUCUGUGUUGGCCCUGCGAUGAGGUGGCGCCUUGUCCAGGGUGUACCCUGCUUUCCGCCCGAAUGCAGCUGAGAUAGGCUCCAGCACCCCCCGUGACGCCGAAAGGGACAAGCGGUAGAAAAUAGAUGGAUGGAUGGGUAUUCUGUAAUUAUUUUCAUUGUUGGGGCCAUUGAGUGAAAAAAAAAGUAACAAUUUAUUUGAGACUCUUUAACAGUUAAAAUAAAACUAAAUGUCUGACAGCCUAAUAAUUAACUGACAAGAAAAUAAGGCCCAACCCAUUUGUUUUCAUUUUAAUUAGUUUGACACAAUUUUUAUCCUAUUUUACUUGCACCAGAAUUAAAUUAAUAUUUUUAGAGUAAUUAAUAAUUCAUUUUGCAAACAAAAGGUAGACAGAAUAGAGAGUAACAGAAGCUUUUGGUGAACUCUGUUAUUUAAUUCUCUCAUUGGUGACAGAGCAGGAAAGGGCUGGGGAUACAUUUCUAAUAAAGUUUAAUCUAUAA